GCGAAAUAUUACCACAACAAACAGGACGACCGGAACUGUGGGAGCGGGAAAAACAAAUCUGUGUCAGCAUUCAGUUCAGUGGUUUAGUGCUGGAUAUAUUUCAGUAUUUCACCAGUAUCAACAAUAUGGCUUCAUCUUAUAAAAAAAGUGCAAUGUUGGCUGCAAAUAAAAAGAAAGGUCCAAAGCCUGAAUUAACGGAAGAGCAGAAGCAAGAAAUUCGCGAAGCAUUUGAUUUAUUUGAUUCAGAUGGGUCUGGAACUAUCGAUGCAAAAGAACUUAAGGUUGCCAUGAGAGCUUUGGGUUUUGAACCCAAAAAAGAAGAAAUAAAAAAGAUGAUAUCUGAUAUUGAUAAAGAUGGCUCAGGAACAAUAAAUUUUAACGAAUUCUUACAAAUGAUGUCAUCGAAAAUGAGUGAAAAAGAUUCCAAGGAAGAAAUCUUAAAAGCCUUUCGAUUGUUUGAUGACGACAAUACGGGGAGAAUAUCUUUUAAAAACUUAAAACGUGUUGCUAAAGAACUGGGUGAAAAUUUAACAGAUGAAGAACUUCAGGAGAUGAUAGAUGAAGCUGAUCGAGAUGGUGAUGGCGAAAUUAACGAGACAGAGUUUUUAAGAGUUAUGAAAAAGACCAGCUUGUAUUAACAUCAGCCCAUUUUUUGGGAGGCAUCUGUGCAUACAUCGCAGUAAGAAUAGAUAUACCAAGGCUUUGUUAAUAUGUAGCAAGAUAACUUAUUUAUUUUUGUUUAUUUCGAAAAAAAUAUGUCUAUGUGCUUUCGUAUAACAGAUGAAAUAGGGAUUUUUGUUUACUCUGAAGAACAAGGCGUAUCAACCUUAAGUCAUGAAAUUUUCACGCAGAGCUGCUUCGCGAAGAGUUGGUUACAUUUUUUCGCGCAUAUAACAGCUUGAAAAUUUCAUUUCCGUAGUCUCUUUAGAAAGUGCGCGAUUUAAGGUAUCGUAAUACUUGUUCUCCGUGAAUUUAAUCGUGAAAUUCAAUUGAUUGUUGGCGUAAAUUUAAGAUUGAUGAAGCUUUUCUGCGUAAACCAGCCAUCAAAACGAAUCCUUACAUAAAAUAAAUUACUAUGUGUUCACAAAGUUUUUUGUUCAAGAGAUGUUUUUAAUUUUCGUAACGAAGAAAGAAAUCGUUUGUACAUAUAUUUUCUUCACGAAAAUUAAACAAACUUGUUAAUAUAAAAGAUUAUUACAUUCAAUUUAAAAAAAAAACGUUUUUGUUCUUUUGUCCAAACAAACAAACAAACAAGCAAGCAAGGGAGCGGGCAAGCAAACAAACAAACAAACAAUAUUAUUUACAGCUUUAUCUUGCGAGAACUUGUGGUAUGAAUUUUUUUUGUCAAGUUUUUUGUAAGUCCUUAGGAAAUAUAUUUUUGUUAAUUGUUGCAA